AGAAAAAGAAGGUUUGUGCUUCGGCGUCAUUACUCAUUCAAACGGUAGACGGCAAUUAUUUAAGGUUUCAAGUUAUGUUCGAGAUGCCGGUUUUAGUUUAAAAUUUGUGUAUCAUAUCUGCAAAAGUAUUUAUUAGAUGCUAUUUGAAAUGAAACAUUUAAUUCUACUUGUUGUUGGCGUGUUAUUUCUAACAGGAUGGUCAGCUGGGCAAGAAGCUGGAUUGGGAGUAGGCACUGUGGAGGAGAUGACUGUAGAUGCUGACCUUGGUGCAUCCCGGGAAGCCUCAAGAACUGACGCAGAGGCCGUGACCCGCGAAGAGGAAGCGAUUAGUCCCGAUGGGCUGAGCGUGGCGCAGCAGCGCGAAGUGCGCGAGCGAGCCCAAAAAUUCACGUUUCAGACGGAGGUGAACCGCAUGAUGAAGCUCAUCAUCAACUCGCUCUACCGCAACAAGGAGAUCUUCCUGCGAGAGCUCAUAUCGAACGGGUCCGAUGCGUUGGACAAGAUUCGGUUGCUGUCGCUGACCAAUCGCGACGUACUCGACGCCACGUCGGACCUCAGCAUACGCAUCAAGGCGGACCCGGAGCGGCGUAUGCUGCACAUCAUCGACACGGGCCUGGGCAUGACCAAGAACGACCUCGUCAACAACCUCGGGACUAUCGCCAAGUCGGGCACCGCCGACUUUCUGUCCAAGAUGCAGGAUACUGAGAAGAGCGGCAACCAGGAGACGAACGACAUGAUCGGACAGUUCGGCGUGGGCUUCUACUCGGCCUUCCUCGUCGCCGACCGCGUCACCGUGGUCUCGAAGCACAAUGACGACGCACAGCACGUGUGGGAGUCCGACGCCUCGUCUUUCAGCGUGGCGGAGGAUCCCCGCGGGAACACGCUCAAGCGCGGCACGCACAUCACGUUGCACCUCAAGGAGGAGGCCGCCGACUACCUUCAGCCCGACACCAUCCGCGCGCUCGUCAAGAAGUACUCGCAGUUCAUCAACUUCCCCAUCUACCUCUGGGCCUCGCGCACCGAGACAUACGAGCAACCGGCCGAAGACGAACCCUCCCCCUCCGACGACGACGCCGACGCGGACGCGCGCGUCGAGGACGCGGCCGACGCGGAGCCCGAGCGCGAGCCGAAGCGCGCCGAGCGCACCGUUUGGGACUGGGAGCUCAUGAACGACAACAAGCCCAUCUGGACGCGCAAGCCGGCCGAGGUGCGGGACGACGAGUACACGCAGUUCUACAAGACGCUCACCAAGGACACGGCGGCGCCGCUGGCGCGCGCGCACUUCGUGGCCGAGGGCGAAGUCACCUUCCGCGCGCUGCUGUUCGUGCCGCGCGUGCAGCCGGCCGACAGCUUCAACCGCUACGGCACCAAGACCGAUCACAUCAAGCUCUACGUGCGCCGCGUCUUCAUCACCGACGAGUUCAACGAGCUGAUGCCCAACUACCUCGCAUUCGUGCAGGGCAUCGUCGACUCGGACGACCUGCCGCUUAACGUGUCGCGCGAGACGCUGCAGCAGCACAAGCUCGUCAAGAUCAUCAAGAAGAAGCUCGUGCGCAAGGUGCUCGACAUGCUCAAGAAGAUCCCGGACGACGAGUACGAGCACUUCUGGAAGGAGUACUCGACCAACGUCAAGCUCGGCGUCAUCGAGGACCCCUCCAACCGCUCGCGCCUCGCCAAGCUGCUGCGCUUCCACUCCUCGCGCGGCGACGACAUGACCUUCCUGGCCGACUACGUGGCGCGAAUGAAGCCCUCCCAGAAGCACAUCUACUACAUCGCCGGCACCGGCCGCGCCGAGGUGGAGCGCUCGCCCUUCGCGGAGCGUCUCGUGCGCCGCGGCUUCGAGGUGCUGUACCUCACGGAGCCCGUCGACGAGUACUGCCUGUCCUCGCUGCCCGAGUUCGACGGCCACAAGUUCCAGAACAUCGCCAAGGAGGUGUUCGACCUGGACGACGGCGAGGCCGAGAGAGAGGCGCUGGAGGCCGCGCGGGCGCGCUUCGAACCCCUCACCAAGUGGCUCGGGGAGAAGCUCGGCGCGCAGAUAACUCGCGCCGCCGUAUCCCGACGACUGGCGCGCUCGCCGGUGGCCCUCGUGGCGACCGCCUUCGGCUGGACCGGCAACAUGGAGCGCCUGGCUAUGUCCAACGCGCACCAGAAGGCCGACGACGCGCAGCGCAAGCACCAGCUGUCGCAGAAGAAGACGCUCGAGAUUAACCCGCGCCACCCCGUGGUGCUGGAGCUCCUGCGCCGCGUCGUCGACGAUCCCGACGACGCGCUCGCGCUCGACACGGCGCGCACGCUCCUGCGAACGGCCGCCCUUCGCUCCGGCUACAUGCUGCAGGAGGGGCAGGCCAUCGAGUUCGCAGACUCCGUCGACGCCAUGCUGCAGCGCGCGCUGGGCCUGCCGCCGGACGCGCAGCCCGAGCUCGACGAGCCCGAGGAGCCCUCGGCCGACGACGAGCGGCCCGACGCUGGGUCCGAAGACGAGCACGACGAGCUGUAGACUGCAUUUUUAUGAUCGAUUUUUGUGUGUGAGGAGAGCGAACGUCGAAUGUAAAUAAAUUAUUCCUACCUUUUUUAA